AUGAGAAAUCCAAGGAAUCAGAUUAGACGAAAUUUUUUACCGAUUGUUCUAUCAAUUCUUACAGUAUUAACACUACUUACUUGCGUACUCUUCUUCGUAACUAAACCAAGUCCAAAAGUUGUUAAUCAUUUCGAAGAUAAUACAAAAGUUACUGAAAAAGCUAGCCUACAAGAAAAUAAAACAGAAGAAGUAGAAAAUAAGGACAAUGUUACUCAAACUACUACACAAAUUUUCCAAAAUGAUUUAGAUCACAGUCUCGAAAUCAAAAAAGUUUUCUACAAUAUAUACAUUACGUACAAAAACAAAAACAAUGGUGCCUCAACAUUUAAUCCUAUUACUGAUGAAUCAAUUAAUCAUUUUAAUGCAACACAUUUCCUAUACGAAUCACUUUCUACAAUGCUUGCAUUUGGAGAUUUCAACGAGCCAUUAAACAUAGCAAAAGACAUUAUGCGAAAGAUAUACAAGGAAAAAGUCAUUGUUGGAGGAAAUAAAGGUCCGAAUUUAAACUCAGAGAACAAUACGAAGUAUGAAACUGAGGUAAUCAAGUCAUACUUUUCAGGACAAGAACAAACAUCAUACUUUAUCCCUUCAGUUUUCGGAGCAGUUUUAUCUGGAUUUUCUUUCACUCAUAAUAACUUCUAUCCAUCUGUUAUAGCUCAUUUCCUUGAAAUAUUCCCUCAGAUUAAGGACGACGUCUUCAUAAUGGACACAAUGACUCAAGAAAAUGGAAAAUUAAAAAUUUCAGGAGUACCUGAAGUACAUACACAUUCUCUCGGUAACUACAUAACAGAUUUCCUGUACCUAGCAGAUCAAGCAAAUCUUUCCUAUCUUUUUGAAAAAUCUGCAGGAAUUUAUAAUUUAUUAUAUAAAAUGUCUCCAAUUUCUGGCUUAUUCUCUGAUAUGCUUACAGCGUUUACUGGUGAACCUAUUGGAAUAAAUGGAAACCUCGAAUAUUCUUUACAAGUUAACGGAUCAAGUAUAUACCAUGAUUUAUUGUCAUUAAUAACGCUGACAAACCAUUCUUCUAAGGUUGCAUAUCAUAUUUUCCAGAAUUUCACUGAAUCUUUUAAGAAAUAUUAUCUGAAAUCUGGAACAAAAGGAUAUUUCGUUCAUAAUAAGCUUUCUGUUAACCAAGACAAUAAGAUGGACAUCAGAUCAGCCUUCAUUCCUGGUAUGUUUGCGCGUGCAAGUACCGAAUUCAACGAUCCUGAGUUAUUACAGCUUGCUAAGGACACAUUUUCCGCAUACAAGAGAAUGAUUGAUAUGAAUGAUCUCCCUCCACGUGUUGUAAGUGGCAGCGAAAACCAAGAUCUCGUUAUUGAAGACCCAACCUUUGAUUUCGCACCUGAUUUGUUCGAAUCAUUGUAUUAUUUGUGGAAUGCUACUCGCAAUCAAACAUAUAGAAACAUUGCUUGGAACUUAUUUGUGAAAUUUAAUACAACAUGUAGAACAGAGUUCGGUUUGGCCGAUUAUAAUACGAUCACAAGACAGAAAUUACCAUCAUUUAACUUAUAUCUGCUUUCACGAACUCUGAAAUUCUUGUAUCUUAUGUACGAUGAUUCUUUCGUUAGAAACAAGCAAUUCACAUUUGAUUCGCAUGGAAAUAUGCUUAAGAUUUGGGAACAGCCAAUGAAAGAUUUUGAUGAACAAUAUUUUAACAGACUUCCAGAAAUGUAUGAUCCCAACCCAUACUUUGAAAUCAAAUAA